UACUCGUCGCCAAUACUCGCGAAAAAGGGGGCUUCAAGGGGCUUUUUACUAGAGGCUACUACUAUGUACAUAUCGAAUAGCACACUGGAGAAGCUGGAGGAGAUACUGCGUAAAAAGGUGAACGGUGCCACGGCCACGGAAACCGUAAGCAGGAUUUUUUGCGACGUGGCUUCCGGCGCGUGUCCCGUUCCUGAGGACCAGGCCGAGGAGCCGACGAAUCAGGUGCUGUCGUUAUCUUCAUCGUCGGAAGACGAGCAGGACGAGGCGGAGGACGGCGACGACGAUGACGACGAUGACGACGAUGACGACGAAAAACCAGACACGUCCAGAAGUGACAAGAACUCGUCGAUCGCGAGCGAUUCCAAAAUUACCCUCGUGAUAGACGGUAGCGUAAAUUUAUCCGGACCGGUGACCGAUCUUUGAGUGAGUGUAUAUGUUCCGGAAGCGCGAUUGUUGCCUUAUAGAUAUAGUACGAUGAAAGCAUUUAACUUGAAAAUGACAUUCAUGCAUUUUCUCGCGAUUGUAUAAAAUCGCUGGUUAAUAAAUUGGUUGAUGAAUGUAAGCGAUUUGAUCUUUCGAAAAUGUUUCUUCUUUUGUAAAAUCACCGCGGCGAUUAAAUACAUGGACUGUCUUGAUUUUAUAAAAUCAUCGUUAUUAAUUAUUUUGAUUUUAUUAGUGCGUACGUAAUCUAGAACUGCAUUCAUCAACACGUAUAAGAUUUGGCAGGAACACCGAAUAAUUAUUUUCAUCGUAACAUAUUGAAUAUACAUCGCUUUUCUAUAAUUAUUCGCGCGUUAUUCAAACACUAGAGCGUACUGGUAAAUAUAUUAUUAUCGAUUAAAACUUUAUGCAUAUCAUCAUAGUCUUCAUUUGAGAUCGUUUACCCGAUCGUAGCUCAAAACGGUCGUUACGCAUCUUCGUUAGAGAAAGAGCAAUCACUAAUAGAUCAUUGAUUGUUAUUAAGACUUGUUCAUAAUUCAUAUGUAUUUUCGAAAUAAUUAUUUAUUACUAUUAAGCGCUAUUCUAAUUAAGCGCGUGUAAUUUUGUUGAACGUUAAUAUUGUUACGCGAAAUAUUUCUGCAUAAUUAACAAUACCGAAAUCGACGGGAUCGCAUGUUAAAAUAGAUAUUUGCUUUGCAUUUUGAUGCUAGAAUGAUUCAAACGCGAUAAUUGAAUAUUUUUCAAGACUUGUGACUUUAAAAAGUACCGUUGUUUUUUAGAUUAUUUUGCGCAAUUGCGUAUGUGACGCUCAAUUUUGCUUGUUACACGACAAAUGUUAUAUUUUCAAUCUAUACAACAUUUGUUUUUUUUUUGUUACAUCGCCUUUUCCUUUCGUGCACUUUCCAUCUUUCUCCUUUUACUUUUAUUUUUUGCUAAUGUAAUCCUUUGCAAUUCCAUAAUCAAUAUUCCAUUAGGUCGACAUAGUGUUUUACGGUAAUCUCCGGAAACGUACGAAUGUACUAUUACAAUUUGCAAACUAUUUAACUAUUGCAACUUGCAAAUAUUUUUAUAUAAUGUCCAUAAAUUCCUCCAAGUAAUAUAAGUGGAGAGUUACACGUUAAACUAUGUUAAAGAGAAUUAAACUGAGGACAAAAUGCUUAAUUCUCACCCAUUUCCGAGAAAUAAUUAGGACCGCAAAGGGUUAAUACUAAUUUCUCUCGUACCUCUCAUCUGUUAUCUUACCACAAUGAAUCUUAUCUUAUCUACUGCUCAUUAAUAUAGAUAAGCUUGCUCGACAAUCAUCGUAGUGUGAAAAUAUGCUUUUCGGGACAUAAAAGUGUAACAUGAGUCUUAAAAUUCCUUGUCGUUUAUGCUUUUUAAUUAAACAAAGCUUCACGUGGGUAUACAAAUUUUAAUAUUAAUAGAUUACUCAUUUCCAAAUAUCUUUCACUAUCUAUCCAUUCUUAACUAUGUACUAAUCUAUUAUUUUGAUCACUUAUUUAAAAAACUAUGCCUGAUAUUUAACUCUCGAAUUUAGCACGCAGACUAAAAUAUUCCGUUAAUACGUAUAUCCUACAUCUUUAUGUGGAACUACUUUGUUUACAGUAGAUCUGCUUUGUACUUGACUAGCAGCUAUAUUAUUUCUUCUUAGUCUUCUUCAUAUUUAUUAUAAAUUGUAAGUAGAUUUUCGCAUAAGUUUAAGAACAUUUUUUUAAGUACUUAUAAAUUCUUUUAUUGUCAUUAGCUAUGAUGCGCGAGAGGUAAGGUACUACAUUACGUUGUAAAUGGACUAAAGAAUAUACCGUUAAUUGGCAUAGUUACCUCAUUUACCGUACGAUUUUGCCAAAAAAUAAGUUUCAUACCUUAAAGAGCAGUUAAACGAUGGAAACUUAUGAAUUAAAAUCUUGGUUGAAAUUGUCAAGAUAUUAAGAGCUACGAAUUUUAUCACUAUGAUUAGAAGAGUUUGAAAUUUUCUGCCUUUGAGCUCACACUUAGACUAUCACACAGUUGCAAGUUUGUACAUGCAAGUUUAUUUAUCCACCUAUAACGUGUCUUCGCCGGUACUGUUUACACAUAGAUAUUUUUAUGGAUAUCCUGCGGGUUUAUUGUGGCAGAUAUCCUUACCGAUAUAUAUAUCUCCCAACUGGCAAUAAAUACGUAGACGUAGUUUUACGAGUGAUGACACACUCUAAACGCAUAUUGUAAGCAGAUAUCGUGUCAUAUUUUGUAUAACUUUUUGUAGAAGUCGAUUGAACAAAUUUCGCAAUACUAUUCUUCGCGUGGGCUGAUUGAGAUUCUACGCCGUAACAGAGUAAGGUAUAGACUGGUUAGCGUUAUGGCUCCAUAAUUGCGGACUCGUUAUCCGUUUCACUUCACACAAAUCAAUAGAAGUUAAUUUGUGCUAACUUGCUCCGAACGCGAGAUAAUAAGUUAUUGCCGCGAUAAGGUAAACCUAUAUGAACUUGUUCGAUGACUGUAUCAGACUGUAUCGCGAGUCUCACAUGUGCCUCCAUGUAAGAUCUAAUGUCCAUUUUGUAUGUCUCGCCGCUGAUACGUUUUGUUGAGAUAUUUCUGCGUUCUGUUAAAAAUGGUUGGAUUAAGGAAGGAUUAAUAGGAAUUUAUGCCGUCGAAUUGUAUUCUUUAUCUUCGAAACUAAAGAUAACGUUGAAAUGUACUGCAUGGAAUUGCUUUCAAUUUUUUUUUGUAGUCUGAAUAAUAUAUGAUCCCAAUGAAUGAAAGCAUUUAUCAUGUAACCUACUUUAGUUUUAAAGACUAAAUUAUUCAAUAUUUUAGAAUUUUUAAGAAAAGAAGGAAUAAACAAAAUUUUAAUCUUUUAAGCUAAUCCUCGAUAUCGAAGAAAAUUAAUAAUUUUGCAACAUGAACGCCUCUCUAUCAGUUCUUUUCAAUUUAUUAGAAAAAUGAUCAUUUACAGGAUAAAUUUAUUAUUAAUCAUUGGUAACAUUUCAUGUAAAUCUCGAUCGUUUUUUUAAAUCUAUUUAUUCGUAUAACGUGAGAAAAAGAAAAAAAACCCGAAUGUCAAACAAAAUUAUUAAUCGAUGCAUUAAUCUAAAACAUUCGUAAUACUAUGUAACGCGUAUACGAUGUAACACUAUCCUCUCUAGCGAACUCGAAGUGCCAUUAGAAUCGAGCGUAGCUCAAGUUGUUCUAUUUUCGAUUAUAUUGCGAAACGUUGUAGAACAGCGUGGAAUGUAUCAAAAUAAUCUGAAUAAAAUUACAGAUUUAUGAAACA